CCCCAGGGCUGCUAUUAGGGGCGGCCACAGAGGGCUAUUGGCCAACAAAGGGAACUCUUUCUCUACCACUCUCUGUCUCUCCCUCCCUCUCUCUAUCACUCUCCCUCCCAAUCUCUGUGUCUCUCUCUCUCUCUCCCACCUCUCACUCUCCCCCCCUCCACUCUCACCCCACAUGUAAAGAAGCUCAUAGUCUGUGGGGAUCAGGGAAAGGUUGCUGAACAGUUGGGGAGUUGUUCCUCAUGCAGCUUGUUUAGUCCUAUGUGGGGGCUACAGACCGUGGCAUAACUACACCUUACUGGGCCCCACAGCUAAUUUAUUUUAGGGCCCCCUCACAGCUUAGGGCCCCUAACAGCUAAUUCAUUUUAGCCCCCCCCCCUCAUUUUAGGGUCCCCUCCCCACAGCUAAUUAAUUUUAGGGCCCCCCACAGCUAAUUAAUUUUAGGGCCCCUCACAGCUAAUUAAUUUUAGGCCCUCCAUCCCCACAGCUAAUUCAUUUUAGGGCCCCUCACAGUUAAUUCAUUUUAGGGCCCCCACAGCUACCUUGUUGGUGUGCACAAGGUAUUUGAUGUAACCAGACAGUCUCUGUCUGUGUAGGCUCAAAUAAGGAGAUUUUUUUUUUUAAAAAAAAAAUGCAAUUUAAUAAAGCCCAACACAUGGGGGGGAGGCAAGAAAGCUCUUGAUCUCUUAUCUUGCAGUGCUGGGCAGCUGUGUACAUACUCACAUGAUCAAUGAACUAGUUACUUGGAACCAGUUUUUCAGGCUCUGCGUGUAUUUUCAGGAGGUGAAGGUGCAGCUUGUGAAAGGUGACUAACCAACAAAAAGCAGGGGCAAAAUGCAGGUGCACGAAAGGUCACACACAGGGGGCCACGCAUGUCCAUGUAACCAUGGCAGUGAGAAGAAGGCACCAGCAGCAGGGAAGGUCUAUUCUGAGGGAGGCUCAGCUCGAAUGUCCCUUCUUAUCUUGGUCUCUAUAUUCCUUUGUGCAGCCUCGGUCAUGUUUCUGGUCUACAAGCACUUUCCACAGCUCAGCGAAGAAGAGCGAGAGAAUAUAAAAGUCCCACGAGACAUGGACGACGCAAAGGCUUUGGGCAAAGUCCUUUCCAAAUACAAAGACACUUUCUAUGUGGAGGUGUUGGUGGCUUAUUUCACCACUUAUAUAUUCUUGCAGACGUUUGCCAUCCCAGGCUCCAUCUUUCUCAGUAUCCUCUCGGGGUUCCUGUACCCCUUCCCUCUGGCUCUAUUUCUUGUCUGUUUGUGCUCUGGACUCGGGGCCUCAUUCUGCUACUUGCUCUCGUAUGUCGUCGGCCGACCGGUCGUCUACAAAUACCUAUCGGAUAAAGCAAUAAAAUGGUCAGAGCAGGUGGAGCGGCACCGAGAACACCUCAUCAACUACAUCAUAUUUCUGAGGAUAACGCCGUUUCUUCCAAACUGGUUCAUCAACAUCACGUCCCCGGUCAUAAACGUUCCUCUCAAAGUCUUCUUCCUGGGAACAUUCAUAGGGGUUGCGCCUCCCUCUUUCGUGGCAAUCAAGGCCGGGACUACCCUGUACCAACUCACGACUGCGGGGGAGGCGGUGUCAUGGAACUCGGUCAUCAUCCUCAUGGUGUUAGCUGUACUCUCCAUACUGCCGGCCAUUUUCCAAAAGAAACUGAAGCAAAAGUUUGAGUAACGCCUUGUACAUAUCUGCACCUCUUAUGCUCAGGACCACGUCCUUCCAGGCUCCUACUCCCGUCGGACUCCGUAUAAACUCAUAACCUUUUUAUAAUUUAAUUUAAUGACUGUUUCCGGUUCCUUGGCCCGGUGAUAUAUUAAAUUAUUUAAUCUUCCUCUUAUUUUUGUUGCCCUUUUAAGGGCCAAGCUGUACAUUUCAUGGAUCUUCAGCCUUCCGCUAUGGAACAGAACGGUUCAGUGGAACUGGCCCAUUGGUGUGCAGGACCUGAAGGAGUGGGAAUCAAGCAGUUUUGUGGUUCCACAAUGAACAAUUUCAUGUUGCUGCUUUCCACUUCCAGUGGGAUUUUUCCUUUUUGGUUGGACUCUUGGGCAGGAUUGGAUCUCAGUGUGAGAACUCACUUAGCACCGCCUCAUGCUUCUUACAGGACUAACCCGGCACCAGGAUCACUGACACCAGAGGUGUACAAUUGCCCACUUACUUUGGGGGCCAAAUUAAUAUGAUGUCAUAGAAAGAAGCCUUAAAGGAAAACUAUACCCGCAAAAUGAAUACUUAAGCAACAGAUAGUUUAUAUCAAAUUGAAUGACAUAUUAAAGAAUCUUACCAAACUGGAA